AUGGCGAAGGAGCGCCUAGAGUUCGAGGUGAAGCUGGCCGCCCUGGCGGCGGACAAAGAGGCGCUUACCCAGGACUUGGGCGCCCGGGAUACCGAGCUUGUGACCUUGAGGGAGGAGAAGGCCUCUCUCGAGGACGAGGUGAAGGCGGGUGCAUACCGCCGAGGAGACUACAAAAAGGCCUUGAGGGAUGCCCGCAAGGAAAUAAGGGCCCUCAAGGCGUCCCUCAAGCGCUUCCCUAGCUCGGAGGAGGGGCAGGAGCUGAUUGCCAAGGCAUCUCUGGACAGCUUGGUGCUUGCCAAGAGGAAGCUUGAUCAAGAGUACCCCGACAUCGUCGUGGACUUUCCCGACCUUGUGAACUUUGUCAUUGAGGAGAUGCAGAAUGAACAAGAGGAGGCGGCUGAGGAGGAUGACGCGGCGCCUACUGGGAGUGGGGAGGCGCCUUCUCCGCAAGAAAGUGACUCCUCAAUGGAAGAUGCCUCCUGA